AUGAUGUUUGAUCAACUGUUCAUCUGUUUCCUCGGUAUUACUGUUGUGAGUGGUUCACAUCAUGUUAAUUUCUUUCGCCGUGACUACACGUUUUUAGAAAAAUACAAUGCAUUUUAUAAAUUACACCGGGCUGAUAACUCGGGCACGUGGAACGAAGCAUUUUUAGCCUGCGACGAUGAAGGAGCUAGCUUUUUUUAUCCCAAAGAUGUUAAUGAAUGGAAAAUUGCGAGAAACUUAUCCGAUUCACCCGACGUAGAAGAAAUCUUUGUCGGUGUCCAUGAUGAAUUAGGACGCGGAGAUUUGCUAUCUUUUGACGGACAUUUCCUUCCAGAAUUUUCUGUAUUACACAUUAGUAAGCAAAAUAACUACGAACCCAAAUGCGUAAUCAUGUCGGUUCACACGGGCAAUUACAGCAUCGAUUCGUGUAAAAUCAGAAGACCGUUUAUUUGCAAGAAAAAAGCCAAUGAAUCAUGUCCCACUGUUGAUUCAGGGUAUAUAUACUCAAAAACUACAAAUAAAUGCUACAAAGUACACAACAGGCGGGAAGCAACCUGGGAAGACGCCAUGCACACCUGUUACAUGGAAGGUGGCAUAUUGUCAACUGGCAUAGACAGCUCGGAAUUACAUGAUAUAUUAAACAUGAUUACAGAAGGAAAACAAUUCUUCAUGGGAUUUAGAAGGAUAAUGCCACAAAACAGUUUUUAUUCUGUUCGAGGUGAAAAAGUUUCUAAAGUUCCAACAAAUGAAGAAAACUGCUGUGCAAUACAGAUGAUAAACGAACGGGACAACUACAACAAUUAUAACCGAAAUAUUUAUUAUUUUACACAAGACUGCAAUAACACUCUACCAUUUAUUUGUGAACUCGAUGUGAAAUUGUAA